AGAAAAGCCACAUCAGUAAAGAAGGAGGAGAGUUCAAAAGCUAAGAAAAGUAGAAGACCAAUCAGCUUAGACUCAGGUAAGAAAAUGAUGUCUUAUUAUUGAGGGUACCCCAUACCUUUUAUGUGAAGGGUGAUUGGGAGAUUUUGUUUUCACAGGAAUCAUGAUUUCAAUUUUUUUUUCAUGAAUUUUGAUUAAAGAUGACAUAAUCCUUCCAUUUCCAUCUGAACAAUUUUUUCUUUAUUUAAACACAACCCAUGAAUGAAGAAUUAAAUGACUUCAAUGUGAUAAACAAACCAUUUUGUUUCCCUGAUGAAUUUCAGCAUAUUUCCAAGAGCAAACUCAUAGGAUCAACAGCUUCAUAAACAGGUGAGAAAGAGUGAAAUUUUUAAUUUGUGAAUUUGGCUAAUUAAUUCUCUUUUUUUUAAUUUCAUGUGAAUGUCAAAGAAUUUUGGAUAUUUUUCAUGAUGCAUGAAAAGGCAAUAUAUUUUUAUGUGACUGAGUUCUACAAAAGGGUUCAGAGGACUCUCCUUAUUGAUGGAGUGAGUGGUGGAGUUUCAAAGUCCAAGAUCUGAUUGUUAAUUCUCUCCUCUAGCUGCUAAAUGUUUUUGUGUAAAUUAACAAUGAGAAUUUGUUGUUAAACCAUUAUUUUAGGGUUUCGUAAUGGUUUAUUUUCAGGCUUCCUUUCUACCAAUUCCCUCGCAUUCAAGAACCAAUCAUUGAAGCACCUAGCAUGACCAUAUUGGGAAGUGUCAAUCACACAAUUGUAACAACUACAUGUAUGUUGAGACUCUACACAAACUGUUAUACCUCUGUUUUUGUUUUAAUGGUGUACUGUGCUGUACAGUGUCCUUGUCAAUUCCAAAUGCAAUUUACAUUAUUACAAAAACAAGAUGUAAAAAGAUUCACAUAAUGAUAAUUAUGUACAACAUCACAAUGAUGCUCUGACCCUAUUUCUAAAUUAGUCCUGCAUCUCUGUUAGAUUCUGAUGAAAAUCCUCUUGCUCCAACAAUCAGGUAUGUGAUUUGUGUUUUCAAUUUCAUUCCAUUUCAUACAGUUGUAAUUAACCUCUUUGACCCUAAUAUCACCCCUGAAUCAAGAGUCAAGGAAAUGAUCACCAACUAUAAAAGUUCUUGAUUAUUAAACAAAUUCUCCUUGUCAGCACCUUAGAAAAUGCAUAGAGAACAGUAUGGAGAAUAUGGAUACUGAUGUCAGGUUGUAUUCAGUAUCUGGUUCUCUUUCAUGCACUUUCAGAAAAGCCACAUCAGUAAAGAAAGAGUUCAAAAGCUAAGAAAAAUAGGAGACCAAUCAGCUUGGACUCAGGUAAGGAAAUUAUAAGUCUACUUAUUUAGGGUACCCUAUACUUUUUACAUGAAAGGUGAUAUAGAUACUUAUCUUCAUGGGAAUUGUGAUUCAUCUUUUUUUACAAGUAUAUAAUUAUAUAUUUUUAAUUUUUAUAGGAUUAACAGUUUUAUUUACAGGUUAGAAAGAGUGAAAAUAUGAAUUUAGUUUAAUUUUUUUUCUUUGGUUUUAUUUAUCUUCAAAACAUGAUCAUCUUGAAUUUCAUGUGAAUGUGAAAACAUUUUGGAUACUUUUCAUGAUGAAUCAGAAGGCCAAAUAUUUUUAUGUGACUGAGUUCUACGCAAGGGUUUCAGUACACUCUGCUUAUUGAUUGAGUGGGAGGGCUGGAUAGGGAAAUAUUUAGUGUGAGGUGAGCUUGAGGUAUAAUAAGAUGAUGUCAGUUUUUUUUAACAUUGUGUGACCUUUAACAUUGCUUAUGCAUUAGCUUGCUAAAGAAAACAAAGCCAUCUGCUUCAUUCAGGGUUCAGCAUACUUACCAUUAGACCAUUCUGUCUCAAAUAGAAUUUGAAUAUUAUAGCACUUGAGUUAUAUUUUGAUGUGGUUUCUACAGAUGAGGAAGAAGUUGUGCCCAGGAAAUUAAAAAAGUCUGCCAAACAGACAGACAUUGUAACUUCUAAAGAGGUCCAGCAUGUUAAAGAGAGGUAUCUUUCAUCAUUCUCUUUCAUUAUAUUUGACAUUUCAGUACCAAACCAUAGUGUUCAUUUAGAUCAUAAGAUAUUGCUCAGGAGAAGCAUCCGGCUUAUAAAAAUAUCGAGCUUAAUUUUGUUUCUCUGUUUGUUUGUUUGUUUGUUUUUUCCUUUCUUCCAUCAAGCAUUGCGAAUGUUAGAUCUGUCAUAGGACACUGCUCUUAUGCUAAUACAUUUAACCCUUUGAGUGCGAAGAAUUACCAGCAUCUAACUUCUCUUUACAAUAUCCCUCCUGAAUCAAACAUUAAUGUGUAUCAAUCACUUUUUGUGUUGAAAGUAAGUUAUUUAGAUGGUCUUCUUUCACUGGAGCUUCUUAAGGGAAAGAUGAUUCAUUAAAACUUACUGUGAAUUGUGUUUGCUUUUCUGGUUUCUCCAAAAUUUUAACUUUUGGAUAGGCACAUGUUACACACAGGUGUCAAGGUUAAGGGCACAAGAAUAAAGGAAAUGAUCACCAACUAAACUCUUGUUUGUUAAAUAAAUUCUCCUUGUCAGUACCCUCAGAAACACAUAGAGAACAGUUUAGAGAAUGUGCAUACUGAUAUUAAUGUGUUUAGAGUUGAAAACGAAAAACAAACAAACCAAAAAACCAACAGCAAAAUAAUAAAGACAGUGUCAUCAAAGGUGAAUUUAAUACAAUGUUGUUGCGUUACUGAAAUAUUUAACACAUGGAUUGUUAUUCUUGUUUCAGUCCAGUCAAACCUAAAGAGAAAAAAGCAACUUCUGCUCUUGAUUUCUUUGGUUCUACUCCAGUUGAAAGGGAAUCCAGGAAAACAUUUGCUAAUAAAAGAAAACAGGUGAAUAACUAA